AUUUAAGAUUUAAAUUUCAGGGGUUUCUCUGAAAUCCUCUUUGAUUACUGUUUCUCCUUUUCGUUCGGGGAGAAUGGAUUCGUUUCAGGAUGGUAAUUGGAACAUCCUGGAUUACAAUUUAAUUGAGGAAGCACCAUCCACCGAUUUUAUUUGGAACAAUCAGAGUUGUUGCCUGGACUUUGAUGUAUCACCUGCUGGCGCUGUGGCCCAAGAAAAAGGAUGUGCACGGAAAAGGGGCCGAAAUGAGCCUUGCAAUGGACCAGGAUCUAAAGCUUGCCGUGAGAAGAUGCGGAGGGACAGGAUGAAUGAUAGGUUUGUGGAUUUGAGUUCUAUUUUGGAGCCUGGCAAACCUCCUAAGACUGACAAAUCCACCCUACUCAGCGAUGCCAUUCGUGUUUUGAAUCAGCUAAAAGCUGAAGCUCAACAGCUUAAAGAUGCAAAUGAAAAGCUUCAAGAGGACAUAAAAAAUUUAAAGGCAGAAAAGAAUGAACUACGUGAAGAGAAGCUUCUACUUAAGGCAGAUAAAGAAAAGAUGGAGCAACAGGUGAAAUCCCUCACUGUUCUACCUGCCGGUUUUGUGCCACCACCUCCAGUUGCAUACCACGCUGGAGCAAACAAGAUGAUGGCAUUUCCCAAUUAUGGAGGGUUCCCAAUGUGGCAAUGGAUACCUCCAGCUGCACUUGACACAUCCCAUGAUCAUGUGCUCAGGCCUCCUGUUGCCUAGUAAUUGCAAAGGGUAUCGUAGUAGCUUGAAUCAUUCCCAGUUGGUUAUGCAGAUGUUGGAAACAGUAGAUCUUCUCCUACAUGUAGAUAAUUCUGGCAUUUUAGAUUUGAUUAGGCAAGGAUUUUGGUGAAACGGGCAACAAAUGCCCAUACUCUGUUAUUUAUUUCUUCGAUAAAAUUGGUCAAUUUAUCUGAUUGUCUCAAUUGGAAUGGAAAACAAUGCUUGUCAUUAUCUUU